AUGCCCAGACCAAGAGAUAUCGACCUGUUCCUAUCUUCGUAUGCAGGUCAAGGGUCAACCUCACUAGGAGAUCGAAAUUACCAAUUCUACUCGAACCAGAUAUCCUGUCAGCCUGAUGGCUUGAAAUAUGAAGAAUGGAUGAAACGCUACGAAAAUGAUAUGAUAGAAUUGGAGAUGAAUCAUGGAUAUGUUCAAUGGUUCUUCCCUAUAAGAGAAAGAGGCGUGAAUCCCCUGGCUCAGCCUUUGACCAUAGACGAAAUCGAUAAGAUGAAAGUGGAUGAGACGAUUCAAGAUAGAUUAUUGCGAUCGUACAAGAUGAUGUUAUCAUUCCACGGAAUCGACUUCAACAAUGGCAAACUCCAGAUCUCCAAAGACCACAGAGAAAGAUUCCGUAACCUUCGCGACCACUCGCAUAACCUCCUUCGUCUGACCCGAAUCCUCAAACACCUUUCCGAAUUCCCCCAGCUCCAGCCCCAUGCGGCGAGCCUCGUGUUAUUCUUCACGGCCGUCCAUUCGGAGGGACUACUGAAUUUUGAAGAAGGAUCCAUGAGGGGUAAUUCACUCGAUCAAUGGUGGUCCAACUGUUUUAGGGACGAAAGUGAACGUAAGACCAUAAGGAGUAUCGUGAGAAACAGAGGUGGGUUCGGGGAGAAGAAUUGGGGUUGGAACGAGUUUGAGAAGUGGUAUGAUGCGAGGGAAUCAAAUGGGAAGGAAUAG